ACACCAGUCUUCCACGUCUUCUGGAAUCAUUGGAAGAACCUUCAAAGCCCCAUAGCAGUCAUGUCAGGAGUCAAAGGAGGACACAGCCAGCAAAGGUCUCAAUGCCAGGACCCCUGCAAGGACCCUUGUCAGAAGCAGGCAGCGUGCCAAGAACCUUGCCAAAAGCAGAGCGCCUGCCAAGACCCAUGCAAGGCGUCGCAGCAGUGUGAUGGUCAAAGCACUCAUGGUCACCAAAAAGACCCUUGCAAGCCGUGCCCACCCGACCCCUGCCAAACCCAAGGGAAACACCACUGACAGCCGGAGAGACAGGUCUUCCCACAGCACAUCCCCAUAACUGCUUUCCUGGACUUUAAUUCCAUCGCCUGCCUUCAGUCUGAGUUUCCUUUUGCUUAUUUUAUGAUGGAUGCGCUGCUGUGGAAAUAAAUAUUUAAUGCACGGA